UGACCUUGCUUAUGCUUCUCCAUCUCUCUCUCUCUAUAAAUACGUUAUAACGUAAUUGCAUGAGAAUACUUUCAUCUUCACUUUUCUUCAACUCUAUUACUAUUCUUCACUUUUAGUAAUUAUUUCGAGUUUAGUGCUCUACUCGUUUUCUUUUUUUCGUUGUCUACUUUUACAGUGGUAUGAUCGCGAUGACAUCUUUAUAAGCCCAUGCAAGGUCCUCUACUUUUGAAUAAUUAUUGGUCAGGUUACCCUUUUGAGUACUCCAAAUUCUUGGAUUGUUUAAUUAUUAAUUUUGAUUAAAAUAAUAUUCAAAGCACAUCGAGUCCUCUAUUUAUAGAAUUCUAGAGAUAGUCGGAUAUUCCUGCAGAGAAGUCUUGCACUGAAGAGCUAGCUCUAGUAGAACACAACAUGGGUGGUCUUGUGCACAUUAUACAAUUUGUUUUUGGGAUUUUAGGAAAUGCCGCCACUCUCUUCCUCUUCUUGGUACCAACGUUCACAUUCAAGAGGAUCAUCAAGAACAAAUCGACUGAACAGUUCUCUGGCAUACCUUACGUCAUGACAUUUCUCAACUGCUUGCUUUCUGCAUGGUACGGUCUGCCUUUUAUAACAUCGGGCAAUAUUCUAGUAGCAACAAUAAAUGGGGCUGGAGCGUCAAUUGAGUUGGUUUACGUGCUCAUAUUUUUCUUAUAUGCGCCCAAUAAACAAAAGGGAAAAAUCUUAGCAAUGUUCUUUUUAGUCCUCUUGGCUUUUGCUGGUGCAGCACUUGUAUCUGUGCUUGCUUUUCAUGGGAAAAACAGGAAGUUAUUCUGUGGUACUGUUGCCACCAUCUUCUCCAUUGUUAUGUAUGCAUCUCCCAUGUCUAUCAUUAGACUAGUAAUCAGGACAAAGAGCGUGGAGUUCAUGCCAUUCUUCCUGUCAUUUGCCGUUGUCAUAUCUUGCUCCUGCUGGUUUAUCUAUGCCAUGCUAGGAAUGGACCCAUUUAUUGGCACUUCAACAGGUGUUGGCUUGGGCUUAGGAAUAGUGCAGCUGAUCUUAUAUUUCAUUUACUGUGACAAGAAAGUUUUAAACAAGACUUCUGCUGAUGUGCCCCUUGAGAUGGGCAACGGCCAUAGCAAUAAUGUUAGGUGUUGCCAGGAUUAUGAGAAGCAAUCAAAUUAUCAUAACCAAUUGAACCAUGAGCUAGUUUAGACGAGUUACAGGAUCAAGUUCGUGGCAGCUCAAAACUCGUGAUAUAUUUUUGUUCAGAAUCUGUUUCUUUAGAUUCUAAAAUCAUUCUGAUAUGUAUAAUCAUAUAAGCAUGUCGGGAAUGGUGGAAUAUAUGUAUAAUCAUAUAAGCAUGUCGGGAAUGGUGGAAUAUCUCCAAAUGUUUAAAGAAAUAAGUAUAUGAUUAAAUAUAAGCAGAUUAAUUGAUGUUCACAAUAUGGCACGAAGCUUGAGUACCGCGUCCUAGUGCGUCUUGGUGUUUUCUUUUCUUUUUUCUUUCUUUUAUGUCUUCACUUUCAAUCAUCAGCGGAAAAAUGGUGAAAUGGUGAAAAGAGUGAAAGACUAACGCCCACCGUGGGGCUCGAACCCACGACCACAAGGUUAAGAGCCUUGCGCUCUACCAACUGAGCUAGACGGGCUGCUUGUGACGAUAUACGAGCCUUUCCACGGGAAGUCGGUUAGGUAAAACUAUUGGUAGCUUCAACACUCAUUGAAAUCAAAUAAAAUAGCAGAUUGAUGAGCAUAUAGUGACAUUAAAGAAAAAUCAAAAUAUGACUAAAUAUUUAUUAUUAAACAUUUUAAUUAAAAUAUCAAUCUUUACUCAUCACUCAAUUUUAUCUUUUCUCUAUUCUUCAACUGUAACAUUAUCUAUUAUUCUUGUUAUAUUUUAAGGUUGAUACUAAAUGGGAAAAGAAAAAUCAGCUCAACAAAUUCAAUAUUGAACAAUGACUUUAUUUAGCUUUGACUAUGUUUAUUUUUUUCUGGUCUCUAUUUCUGCAGUUGGGAAAUGGUCGUGAAGCCAACCAAAAAAACGCCUUUCAAUAUAGAGCACCGAAAUUGAUCUUGUUUCUAUAUUGACAUUAGGAUUGGAAUACAUUUUCUUCCCACUGUUAAUAUCACAAGAUCCCAUUCUCACCAUAUGCUCCACGUGUGUUACGAUGAUAUUGUUUUGUCAAAACUUUUGCUUCAAAUGGUAUUUAGCUAUAAGUAACACCAUGACAUAUAUUAGUUGUUUUCUUCUCUCCAGGUAGGAAGCACAGAGGCUUAUAACUAAUAUCAAUAUUCUAAGCCAAAAAUGUUGUGUUCUUUAAACUGCAACGUGGCUCCGAGUAUGAGGAGGCUGGCGCUUGGUGGGCUGCAAACUCAGGAGCAGUGACAAGAGAAAGCUAAAGAGGUGGUUUUUCAUUGACAAAAAUAAAAAGAUUAGGGCCUUCAAUCUCCACUAGUGAUCUAAUGAUUCCGAGAAAAAAGCCAGGGAGGCUGGACGACGUUCGUUCUAACAGUUGGCUUGAUGCAAUGAAGUCUUCUUCACCUCCUAGUAAGAAGGUUCAAAAGGAAGCAGACAUCGAGGAUUAUAUUGAUGAUGCUAAAGUUAUUUACUCUUCUUGGAUGGUAUGUUAGAUAUUUUCAUUGUUUUCCCAAAUUUUUCACACUUCUCUAUCUGCCUAGACAGAGUGA